UUAAAACAAACCCUAUCAUCAAUUUGCCCGCCCAAACACUUCCCAAUUUCCCAAAUUCAAAAUUUCAGCUCUUCAAAUCCAUUUCCAUUUUUUCUUUUUAAGAAAACCCAAAUCUUUCUUUAGAAGAAUUACCCAUUUUUGGUGUUUCCAGUUCUCCAGAUCUCACCUGGAUAAACAUCAUCAUCAUCAUCAUCAAAAUAAUUCAAAAACCUGUUUUUUAAUAACAAAAAGAAACGAAGACCAAAUCUUUUGGUAAAAUUCAAGUCAAAGCAUAAUCCCCUUUUAUAAUUGUUACAAAUGGCAACCUCUGAUUCUACUCCUCCUCUUCCCGUCACAGCUCCCCUCGCUCCUAAGAAGGAGAAUAUGACUCCAGUUGGUUCAAAAAUCGCAGAAUUGAAUGAAUCAAGGACAGAGCUGCUCAGUAGAAUUCAAGGGUUGAAACAGGAUCUGCAAAAUUGGAGGUCAAAGUUGGACACCCAAGUUAAAAUCUACCGUGAUGAGUUGACAGAAUUAAAGAAAACACUUAAUGUUGAAGUGGAGCAACUCCGUACGGAAUUUCAAGAACUGAGGACCACUCUCCAUCAGCAGCAGGAAGAUGUUACCGCUAGCCUAAGAAAUUUGGGGCUACAGGAUGUGUCAGAGGGUGCUGCAAAGGCUGAAGAUCCCAAUAUUGAAGGAAAGGAUGAGGAAGUGCAUACUUCACCCAUAAAGGAAAAUGGCAAGGAAGUGGAGAACUAGAAUGCGUUCGUCAUGGAUUCUGCAUUCUUCUUCUUCUUGCUCCUGGAGCUUGUGAUGAAAUAUUACUUUUGUUCACAUCAUGUUUCUUAGUUUAAAAUUCCGAGUCUUACUUUGUUAUCUAGCACAAGAAAGAGCUUUGAUCUGAAUCAGUUUAUAUGGUAUUGGCAUUUAAUUA